AAUCUUCCCACCUUGACAAAACCAAAAGCAUCAAUGCAGAGAAUUUCACAGAGCAAAGAUGAAGUUCGGGAAGGAAUUUUUGUCUCAAAUGGUGCCGGAAUGGCAAGAGGCAUACCUGGAUUACAGCCAUCUGAAAACAGUGUUGAAAGAAGUCAGCCGGGCGAGACAGCCAGAGGCAUCCGACGGGGCAACGCGCAACUUGAAGAGAAGGGUCUCUCUGUACAGAGCUUUCAGCGGGCUAGCAAGACCGAGACGCUCUCAACAGAAGCAGGAGGACGCUAUACAUACAAACAUAAUUCAUGAAGGGUCUGAAGAGUGUUACCAGAGCAUGCUGUUCGCUUCAUCGUCCGAUCAAAGCGAUGAACAUCAGGUGGAGUUCUUCAGGAGACUUGAUGAUGAGUUUAAUAAAGUGGUGGGGUUUUACAAGAAGGAAGUGGCGGAGCUGAUGGGGGAGGCUGAGGAGUUGAGCAAGCAGAUAGAUAUCUUAAUUGCGCUGCGGAUUAAGGUAGAGAAGCCAGAUUUUGCUCUUGAAGAUUUUAAUGAAACUGUCAGUCUUACAGGUAGUAGUACAUCCUCAGCUUCUACUUCUACUGCUAAGUCCACUUUUCCCAGAACUGCGAAACGGUCAAGCUUGGAGGUAACCCAAGAAGUUGAGAUGGAAACUAGAGAAGCAAAAAGUAACAGCAGGAAGGCCAGUGGAGGAAUAGCUCAUCCUACCAUUCAAAAACUCAAGUUAGAGUUGUUGUCCCAAGUACGGAUUAAUGUCCAGCCCGAAACGCCAAUAUCGACAUUAAAAUGCAUGGUCAUGAGUUCCACAUCUCAGUUGUCUUAUAAUAAGACAGAGUUGAGGAAGGCAGAAGAACUGAUGAAGCGUGCCUUCGUUGAAUUCUACCAAAAGCUUCGAGUUCUAAAAGGCUACAGUUUGUUGAAUAAACUGGCCGUUUCGAAGAUCAUGAAGAAAUAUGACAAGAUUACAUCACGUAGAGCAUCAAAGGCCUACCUCGAAAUGGUGGAAAAAUCUCCUCUUGGCAGCAUUCUUGAGGUUAUAGGGCUCAUAGAAAGGGUGGAGGCUGCUUUCAUUAAGCACUUUGCAGAUGGAAACCGUAGAAGAGGGAUGGACAUUUUGAAAAGAAAAAUCAAAAGGGAAAGACAAGGAAUUACCUUUUUCUCCGGUUUUUUCUUUGGCUGCUCGCUUGCACUUGUAGUGGCCAUCAUUCUAGUCAUACACCUAAGAAACAUCUUCAAUAGUCAAGGGCGUGGGCAGUACAUGGAUAACAUAUUUCCUCUCUAUAGCCUUUUUGGAUUCAUUGUCCUGCACAUGCUGAUAUACUCUGCAAAUCUAUACUUUUGGAGGCGUUACCAUGUAAACUACACCCUUAUGUUUGGCUUCAAGCAAGGGACGGAGUUGGGUUACUGGGAGGUCUUUUUUCUUAGUUCAGGUCUUGCUGUGAUCACAAUGGCUUGCAUCCUCUCCAAUUUGGACAUGGAAGCAGACCCCAGAACCCGAACCUUUGCGGCCAUAACUGAAUCAGUCCCUUUGGCUCUACUCAUUGCCCUUCUUUUCUUAAUAUUCUGUCCUUUCGACAUCCUAUUUCGUCCCAGCCGCUUCUUCCUCGUUCGCAGCGCAUUUCAUUUGGUCUGUGCUCCUUUAUACAAGGUUAGCCUCCAAGACUUUUUCUUAGCAGACCAGCUCACUAGCCAGGUUCAAGCGUUCAGAAGUUUACAAUUCUACGUCUGCUACUAUGGGUGGGGGGAUUUCAUACGAAGAUCAAAUAAGUGCUACGAGAGCAGAAUUUUCGAAGCUUUUUACUUUGUUGUUGCAAUUAUUCCAUACUGGAUUCGUACUCUUCAGUGCCUUCGACGGUUGGUGGAAGAGAAAGAUGUAGAACAUGUAUUUAAUGGACUGAAAUACUUCUCAACAAUCGUUGCAAUUGCAAUGAGAACAGGCCAUGAUUUGAAUAUGGGGAUGAUUUGGAGAAUUCUAGCGGCAAUUAGUUCUGGCAUUGCAACAAUUUCAGGCACAUAUUGGGACAUAGUUCAAGAUUGGGGACUUCUCCAACGAAACUCGAAAAAUCCAUGGUUGAGAGACAAACUAUUGAUAUCCAACAAAAAUGUUUACUAUGUAGCAAUUGGACUGAAUAUCUUGCUGAGACUCGCUUGGAUGCAAUCGGUAUUAGGUUUCAGAGAAGCUCCAUUUAUCCACAGACAAGCCUUGAUCGCCAUUGUCGCCGUGCUGGAAAUCAUUCGACGAGGAAUCUGGAAUUUCUUCAGGAUGGAGAAUGAGCACCUGAACAAUGUGGGGAAGUUCAGAGCAUUCAACUCUGUGCCUUUACCUUUCGAAUUCGACGACAACAACAAAAUGAGAACUCGACUAUGAGUAAGACGAUUAC